AUGGCCGCCCCAGCCGCUACGCUUCCUACCCCACUGAACCAUGUCAUGAAGACAGAUGUAGCCCAUUUGGUCGAAGUUUGUGAAAGUCUUUUUAUUGCAAAUGGUCAACUGAACUCUACUAAAACAAGAGUAGGUACAAUCGUGUCAGUGAAUUGCGACUCAGGCUACACACUCGUCGGUUCUAAUCGGAGAGAAUGUUUAUCUUCUAGAUCUUGGAGUGGAGACGCCGUGUGUUUACAACUAAAGUGCUCUCCAUCAUUGUCAGUUCGUAAUGGAAAAUUUCUUUUCAAGAGUAAUGGCACUGGAAUUAUAGUUAGGCUGGUCUGUGACACAGGCUACUAUGCUCACGGUACUUUGCAAGCCGUCUGCUCUGUUGGUGAGCGGACGAUUUACGUUCGAAGUCAAGCGAAUUGUUUGGCUGUUCGUUGCUUUUUCCCAAUUCUACCAAAUGGAAAAUUUACAGCGACUGAUAUCGUCUUGGGCAGUAUAGCCACAUUUUCUUGCAACAUUGGUUACACGUUGGUAGGAGAAGAUAUUGCCGCUUGCACUGCAAAUAGAACUUGGAGUCCAUCUAUUCCGACUUGCAUCAAACAAGUUGUUUCUGCAACUUUCAAGGAUUCCAGUCGUUUACUUUCAUCAUUUCAGGAUAAUUUCUUUAACCGUUUAAUCACAUUCACAGCUGCCGCUCAACCUAUGGCCGAGAUCAAAACAAAGUAUGCUGAGGACAGCGAUGGAGGAAUGAACGUUGCAUUAGAUCUCAUUUUUGUGAUGGACACGUCAGCAAGCAUUACUCGACGACACUUUGAAAAAACCUUGAAACCGUUUCCAAAUAUGGUAGCUCGACAUUUUCCCGUUUCGCCAUUGCAUACAAAUGUAGGCGCUAUUGCAUUUGGCUAUAAAAUACACGUCAUUUCAAUUCUGACAAACAAUUUUGGUGAUUUCAAUCGCUCAGUGAGAAACUUUGGGUAUAAGAACGAUGGAGGUACUAAUACUGGUCAGGCACUUUUACGUGCAGUAGAAAUGUUCAAGACAUCCGGGAGAUCAUUGACAUACACAAAGCGAGUUGUUAUUUUGCUGACCGACGGUUAUAGGAACAUGGGUCCGAGCAUUGCGGCUACAGUCAAACGUUUGAAAAAGAACGCAGUAGAAGUAUUCGCUUUUGGAAUAGGAUCUGAUGUUAACGAAGAGGAGCUACACGCACUUGCCUCUUCACCAAGUGACAGACACGUUUUUCUGGUCAAAUCGUUCCGCUUGUUUCGCAACUUCACUUUAAGCAUCGUUCCACAGCCAAUAAGGGAACAGUGUGGUAUCUCUGGGUUACCUGGGUUUCAUUCUCGCAUAUACGAAGGAGAUAAAUCGGCGUAUGGAGCGUGGCCAUGGAUGGUGGCGAUUUAUAAAUUGAAAUCUGCUUCAAUAUGGAGUUUUUUUUGUGGAGGUUCUCUUAUUAACAACCGAUGGAUCGUAACUGCUGCUCAUUGUAUUUUCGACAAACGAGGAACUUUUCAAGAAUUAGUGAGAGUUCAACUUGGCAAACAAUAUUUGUAUCUAAAAAAUCCACACGAACAGACUUACACAGCAAACGUCAGCACAGCAAUAAUGAAAGGAUACAAUCCAUUCACGUUUGUUCGACCAAUCUGUUUGUAUCAGGACCCCAUUUAUUACCAAAACUCAUCAAAUGUUCACUUUGGUCGGAGAGUUAUUAUUAUUGGAUGGGGAAAAUACACUUCAUCUCACCUUGCCUUAUCUCCAGUUUUGAGAGAGACUACAGUUAUUAUACAAAGUAAGUCACAGUGCGAUCGACUCUAUACGCACGGAAAUCUUACAGACAGCAUGUUAUGUGCUCGAGGCAAUCAAACGGAUGCUUGUCGCGGAGAUAGCGGAGGUCCCAUGAUGUGUCAAGAUAUCAAUACCAACCGAUUUUUUCUUUGCGGAAUAAUCAGCUUUGGAUUUUCCACGGCUUGCAUGGCAGGAUACGGUGUAUACACAAACAUUUCUAAGUUUGUACUUAGCGUCCUAAUUCCCGCUGUAGGUAAUGGUUAGAAGUAGCUUGAAUGACAACACACGUGAUGUUAUAAACAUGUAUGUCUCAGAUAGAAAUUACCAGUGUAAACGCUAUACUGUGCAUUGCUUGGGACAAAUUGCAUUAGCUGAAGUAAGCCAUUGUUUGUAUUAAGUGACGCUGUUAUAUAAGUGAAAACUAAAGUGAUGUUCUCAACUCUGUAACGCGUUAUGCGAAACGGUUCUUGAUAUUACAAUACGCACAA